AAGACACCAGUUUGCCAUUUGCUCUCAACACGCAAUCAUGUUCGCAGCCUCGACCAUCACCGCACGUCUUCGCGCCAUCGCCUUGUGCCCGUGCCUCCCGGUCGGCCUCCACGGCCUCACGGCGAUGCUCGCACUACUCGCGACGACCUGCGCCGGCCGCUACAUGCAGUCGACGUUUUGCAGUGCAUAUGUUCAAGAGAUUAGCGACAUGGACGCGCUCGAGCUCUCGUUGACUGCGACACUCAUCGUAGUUGUGCUCAGUACCGGCGGUGCCUUUGCCGCUGCGUACCGCACCGCACGUUAUGUGGCUCAUCGGCCAAUCGUGCUCGCGCUCAACCUCGCGAGCUUGGUGUUCACACUCGCUGCCAACGCGUCACUCGCCAACUCGUAUGCAAGCAACCACGUGUGCGGCAGUAGUAAGCACGAGGUAGACUUGGAGGUUCGCGCUCUCUGCAGCGUCAACUGUGAUGCGCUGCGUGCAAGCUCGACGAUGGCGGUGUUUGUGGCCAUGACGCUCUUUGUGUCGCUUAUCGUCGGCACGUACCAGCACUCGACGGGUCCCCGUCUCUUGAUCGUGGAGAGCGCUGGGACGCCAACGACCAAGUUUGAGCUCAUGGAGACGCCCCGCAUGACGGACGACGUCGACGAGAGCGCGUCGAUUGCCCUCGCAGUGCCCCUCGACGCGCCCACCAAGGCUGUCUAAGGCGCUUGCCACUUGUAGUAGUAGUGUCUACCCUCUGUUGCCAAAAAAUAAACGACGAAGCAUGUGCGUUGACGUGUGUGU